AUGUUUUUUUCCUUCGCCUGGAUCACGGGACCUUCUUUUGAUUCAAACCCAAUAGACUGUUUUUUUCAAGGGCUCGUGGGCGCAUGUGGAAUAUCAGUGCUGUGCCAUUUGAUGAGAAUUUACAACCUUAUUCAAACAUGCAGUGAUUCUGAGACGGAAACUGAAAGCAAACAGAGUUCAUUCUCAGCUGGCAAUCUUCUGAGAGGGAACUGGAUAACAGUUCUGCAGUUCUGGUUCCUGACGGUCCUCCUGUCUCUGGUGGGCUUGAGGGUUUCCUCUCUGAUAGUGCUGGAGUUUUCUCUCAGAGCUGUUUCUGCCUGGGUGUCAGCAGGACUGGAUGCCAAAGGCAGAGGCCUAGACCUGCUCCUGAUCCAGUGCCAGUUUUCCCUGGGAUGCGGCCUCACCUGUACUCUUGACUUCCUCCAUCAGGGGGCUCUACACAGCUCCUUUAGCUUGUUUCUGGCAGCUGCUCUCAGCUGGGCACUGGCCAGUGCCAGCCACAGUGUGUGGAGGCAUGUGGCCAGACUCUACCCACUACAUAGCAGAGAGCGUUACUGUGGGAAGUGCAUCACCCUCCUGGCCUCUGGACACACCAUACUGGCUUCACUACAAAGAGCAGUUGUCUUGGCCUUUGCUAUAGCAGCUGUGGCUUCCACCGCUACGGUUUAUGACCACUUCCUGUCCCAGAAAGAUGCUCUAAAGUUUUGGACUCCGUUGACACUCUGCUACACCAUGUUGGUGGUCUACAUUCAAGAGGAUCAGCAGCGGCAGACUGGCAGGGAGGCCCUGCUGCAAACUGUCGUGAUGCGACUGGGAGGCUUACUGGUGCUCAUGUUGAUGAUGGGCCACUGGUCUGAUGUCCUCCACGUCCUCAUCAGUUUCCUGGGUGAAGCAGUCUGCCUGCUGGCCUCUCAGGACCUGCUGAAAGCUGCCUUAAAGGAGGGAAGUAGACCUUAA